AUGACCUCUAAGAAAAACUGGUUUGUUGAAUGCAAAUCAGAAAAUGGAGACUCAGUUUACAUGGAAAAUAACCAAGAAUGUGAGAUUGUUGGUGUAGGUUUAGUGUUAUUAAAGCUCUCAAACAACAAGGAGGUACUUCUUAAAGGAGUUAGACAUGUUCCAAAACUAAAGAGAAAUAUUAUCUCUUUAGGAAUGCUUGAUGACAUAGGCUAUUCCAUUCAUGCUGAAAAGGGAUGCUUGGAGAUAGUAAAGCAAGACAGAGUUAUUCUCACUAGAAGGAAGAAAGAAGGCUUGUAUAUUGCUAGAAAAGUAAAUAGAUCUAAGUAUGCUUUGGUUUCUAAAUCCGAGAAAGACAAUGAGUUAGAAUUAUAG